AUGGGCUUGGGCCGGAAGAAUACUACUUUAACUACUUUAGACCUAUGUGGUAACCCUCUUGGUCCCGAAGGUGGAAAAGUAAUAGCAGAUGCACUUCGUAGAAAUUGUACUUUAACACAUUUAAAACUUAGUAAUAAUUACAUUGGUCCUGAAGUAAAUCAUGUAAUGAUUUGGGAUAUCAAUUAUCGUAGACGGCCUUAUACAAGAUUCGAGUCCGUUACAAUACCAAUUCGGUAG